AGUCACGGAACUCUAGUGUAAUCUGGAAUGUCUUUGCAAACAUUAAACAGUAUGUCUGAGACUCUUGACGGGCCUGAAAGUUUUCUGGUCCGGUCAACGAAGGUAGCGUCUUGUGUCUUCUCUAAAACUAGAUUCCCACAUUUAACUUCUUUCCCACAUGAAAAUUCUUUAUCCUGAACUCUGAUGGGGAAGUCUUUGUUCUCAAUUCUGAGCUAAUUAUAUUGCGGAAACCUUGGAUCAGUUUAAUCUUGAGGCAGGGGAAGAAAUUGUUCUGCUUGUUCAAAAUGAAUCAUACUUGGUUUAUUUUGUCACUACUACUCUAUGUGGGGGUGUUCCCAUAUGGUUUUAGUAAGAAUGUUUCAAGACCUGCUACUGUGAGAAUUGGAGCUAUUUUUACAUUUAACUCUACCAUUGGAAGAGUUGCCAAGAUAGCUAUGGAGGAAGCUGUGAAAGAUGUCAAUUCCAAUUCCAGCAUUCUCCCUGGAACAAAACUUCAUCUCAAUAUGCAAGAUUCCAAUUGCAGUGGAUUUUUUGGAAUGGUUGAAGCUUUGGAAUUUAUGGAGACUGAUACAGUUGCUAUCAUAGGCCCUCAAUCUUCUGUAGUUGCCCAUAUUAUAUCCCAUGUUGCGAAUGAACUCAAAGUCCCUCUAUUAUCAUUUGGAGCGACUGAUCCCACUCUUUCUUCCCUUCAGUUUCCCUUUUUUGUUAGAACAACACAGAGUGAUUUGUACGAAAUGACAGCAGUGGCUGAUAUUGUUGAUUUUUAUGGUUGGAAGGCUGUGAUUGCCAUAUUCAUUGACGAUGACUAUGGGCGGAAUGGCAUGUUAGCAUUAGAGGAUAAGCUUGCUGAGAGGCGCUGUAGAAUUUCCUACAAGGCAGGAAUUAGCCCAGGGUCCGGAGUUAAUCGGGGUGAUAUUAUGGAUCUUCUGAUUAAGGUUGCAUUAAUGGAAUCUCGGAUUAUUGUUCUGCAUGUAAAUCCCGAUUCUGGAUUCUUGGUUUUAUCUGUGGCACAAUAUCUUGGAAUGAUGGGCAAUGGCUAUGUGUGGAUAGCAACAGACUGGCUCUCAUAUUUUUUAGAUUCUAAAGCCCCUCUUCCUUUAGAGGACACAGAUCCAAUGCAAGGAGUUCUUGUUUUGCGCCAACAUACACCAGAAUCAGAUAGAAAAAAAGCCUUUUUCUCUAGGUGGAAAAAAUUAACUGGUGGCUCUUUGGGGUUGCAUUCGUAUGGGCUUUAUGCUUAUGAUUCUGUUUGGCUACUUGCUCAUGCUCUUGAGGCAUUUUUUGAACAAGGUGGGGUUAUUUCAUUUUCCAAUGAUUCCAGGCUACAUUCUUCAGGAGGCAGUAAUCUUCACCUUGAAGCAAUGAGCAUUUUUGAUGACGGAAACCUCCUGUUGCGGAACAUCUUGCAGAGUAACCUUGUUGGUUUGACAGGUCCUAUUAAAUUUAACUCAGAUAGGUCUCUUAUUCUUCCUGCAUAUGAUAUUAUUAAUGUGAUUGGAACUGGGUCUCGACGGAUUGGUUACUGGUCAAACUAUUCUGGUUUAUCAGUUGUGCCUCCUGAAACGCUGUAUGAAAGGCCACCUAAUCGGUCAAGCACAAACCAGAAACUAUACAGUGUAAUCUGGCCAGGAGAGACAUUAACAAAGCCCCGUGGAUGGGUUUUCCCAAACAAUGGGAAACUAUUAAAAAUUGGUGUUCCUAACAGGGCCAGUUACCGGGAAUUUGUAUCUAAAAUACAAGGGACUGAGAAUUUUAAGGGUUUCUGCAUAGAUGUAUUCACAGCUGCCGUAAGCUUAUUACAUUAUGCUGUUCCAUACCAAUUCAUACCCUUUGGAGAUGGUCAUAAAAACCCAAGCUAUACAGAGCUUGUGCAUUCGAUCACAACGGGUCAAUUUGAUGCUGCUGUUGGUGAUAUUACAAUUGUCACAAAUCGGACAAAGAUUGUGGAUUUUACACAACCAUUUGCUGCAUCAGGACUUGUUGUUGUGGCUCCAUUUAAAAAAUUGAACUCUGGUGCUUGGGCUUUCCUGCGGCCAUUUAGCGCACGUAUGUGGACUAUCACUGCUUGUUUCUUCCUUGUUAUUGGAAUAGUUGUGUGGAUUCUGGAGCACAGGAUAAAUGAUGAAUUCAGGGGCCCUCCUAAACGACAGCUUAUAACCAUUUUAUGGUUUAGCCUCUCAACCAUGUUUUUUGCCCAUAGAGAGAACACUGUGAGCACCCUUGGUCGUAUGGUGCUAAUCAUAUGGCUCUUUGUGGUUUUGAUAAUUAACUCAAGCUACACUGCGAGCCUGACAUCAAUUCUCACAGUGCAGCAGCUGUCUUCUCCUAUUAAAGGGAUUGAAAGCUUGAAGGAAGGCAACGAGCCAAUUGGGUACCAAGUGGGUUCUUUUGCUGAACCUUAUUUAGAAGAACUUGGCAUAUCCAAAUCUAGGCUUGUUGAACUUGGAUCACCUGAAGCAUAUGCUAAGGCGCUCCAGGAUGGUCCUCAGAAAGGAGGUGUUGCAGCUAUUGUUGAUGAACUCCCAUAUGUAGAACUCUUCCUCUCAAGCCAGUGCAAAUACAGGGUUGUAGGUCAAGAGUUCACCAAAAGUGGCUGGGGUUUUGCUUUUCCACGGGACUCCCCUUUAGCAGUAGACUUGUCAACUGCCAUUCUACAACUGUCUGAAAAUGGUGAUCUCCAGCGGAUUCAUGAUAAGUGGCUGUUGCAUAGUGCUUGCAGUUCAGACACCACUGAAAUUGAAUCAGAUCAGCUUCAACUUAAAAGCUUCUGGGGACUCUUUCUUAUUUGUGGAGUAGCUUGCUUCUCUGCUCUCUUCAUAUAUUUCGUGCAGAUUAUGCUACGGUUAUGCCGUACCCCCCCUGACUCUGUUUCAGAGGGUUCAAAUGGCUCACUUUCGGUGGGUGUCCGGAGAUUGAUAUCAUUACUAGAUGAGAAGGAAGACCUCUCAAAUCAGGGAAGUAAAAGAAGGAAAGUGGAAAGAUCAUUAUCUGACAAUUCUAAGGAGAGUGAGUUGGGGAGUAUUACUGGGAAACAAACAGAGAUUACUGUUGGGAGCAACAUUAACUCGAGCAGUUAACUCACUCAUUCAUUUUACAGUCCUAAUUGUAUCAUUACAAGCUGGUGAUUAACUAAAUCGAAUCUAAAUCCUACUCUAAAUCAUUAUUAAUGUUCAUAUGUGCUUGUAUAAUUUAUUUUUGUCUGGAACCCAUGAAAAAAAUAGGUACUUUAUUAUAGGAAUAUGUGUAUAUGGAAGCAUUUUGCUUUCAAAGAUCUUGUUUUAUACAUGUCAAAGGAUUUGAAA